AUGGAUUAUAAUUGGGAUACAAAGUUGGUGAUUAUAAGAAUAGACCAUUCUUGGGUUUUGAAGUUUAUGGCUCGUGCAACAAUAUUAGCAUUGGUAAUUGUUUCUUUACCUUGGAUUAAUACGAUAAUUGGGUACUUAUCGUCGCGAUACGAGUCUAAUUAUGCUUAUCAAGUUGAUAAUGAGAUGGUUUAUAAUCCAAUUAAGUUGGAAUUUUUGCCUAUGAUUUUUCAAGAUUUGGCUAAUGAAAGACUUAUAAGAAUGGGUGAUAGGUCCCUUCUUGUUAGCAAUGGGAAUGAUGAAGAAAUUUAUAAUUCUCAAGUUGUUAAAGAUUAUAAUCCUGAUUUGAUUUCAUUUUCAGAUUCCACACAACAAAAUAAUGUCCCUAAUGAGACUUUUGAUUUUGUUUUGACCUAUGGUUAUCCUCAAUUAUCAAAUUUUAUUGAAAGAGCCUUGAAAGUUGGUGGUAUUCUAGUUGUACCACUAAAUGACAAUCCUUUGGUUGAUGAAUUUCCACAUCCAUCAAAUUACAAGAUUGUCUAUGUUAGAAAAUUUGAUUCAACUAUUAUAGCCAUGAAGAAAAUAAAGAAUGCCUCUAUCAACUCUUCUACGCGGCGACUUCUUGAAACUAAUUCAGAAGAGGUGUCUAGUUCGAGCUCUGGGAACAGAAAGGCUUUUGAUAAAGAGCAUUUGACUUCUGCUCAGAGUGAAUCUGAAUUAGUCAGAUCAGAUGAUUUCACAAGUGCGAAAAAGGAAGCACUCAAGAAACUAGAAGAUGUACUACUUGAACCACCCAGAGCAUCAUCACGAAAAUCGAGUAGAUAUCUAAAAAAGACACAUUUUUUACCUGAUUUAAUGGGAGUUUCCCUUGAGAGUUACCCAAGAAGGGUGUUUAUUGAUGUUGGUUUACAAGAAAAGAAUGAAAAAUCAAGUGAUAAUUAUCAUUCUACUUGGUUUACAAAGCAUUAUCCUACAAAAAACACAAAAUUUGAGAUGUUCAAGAUUGAGACUAUGAAUGAAGAAUCAAGUGGUAAAGAGAUACCAUUGAGUAGUAUUAACAUGUCUGAUUGGUUACAAAAAAAUGUAAAAGAAAAUGAAUAUGUGGUAAUGAAGGCAGAGGCUGAUGUGGUUGAAGAAAUGGUGAAUAAUAGAAGUAUUAAAUUAAUUGAUGAGCUUUUUUUGGAAUGUAAACAUCAAGGAAUUAAAAAAAGUGAUAAGAAAAAUAGAAGGGCAUAUUGGGAAUGUUUAUCAUUGUAUGGAUUGUUGAGAGAUGAAGGUAUUGCUGUGCACCAAUGGUGGGGUUGA